AUGCUUCAGGCUUUUUACACCGCACGUGAUAAAAGACCUUCCAGAGGAAACACUUUGAGGGAACACUGCCCGAAACACCAGAGCGGAGUGAGAGUGUGCGGUGCGUUCAGUGCGGACGCCGGGGUCCAGGCCCACGUGAAGCUGCAUCACGCCCACACAAACGUGCUCGGUCUGGGAGACUCGUCCACCUGGAAAGUCCCGAGUCUGAGCCGAGGCCUGUACCUGUUCAUCGCUCCGCUCGCCGUCCCCGUCAUCACCCCGCUGGUCGCUCUCGCCCAGUUGAAGCACCAGUCCGUGCUCUCGUCUCUCCGGACCCUCCUGAUGGUUUCUCUGGGGCUCUGGUCUCACUUCUGGAUCCUGGUCCGGGUCUGUGGGUUCUGCUCGGUUCCGUCUGCGCUCGGCUGCAUGUUCUUCACCAGGAACCUGUUCUCUCUGCCGUACAUCCACGUCAACAUCUUCCAGCACAUCGGUCUGUCCAUGUUCUCCCCGGACCAGAGACCAAAGAGGAUUUUCCAGAUGAGUCACGGUGUCCUGAACCUGCCCAGAAACCUGCUCCUGGACUGGACCUUCGGACACUCCCUGAUCAGCUGCCACGUGGAGCAUCACCUGUUCCCCACGCUGUCCGACAACAUGUGUCUGAAGGUGAAGCCGGUCGUCAGUCGGUUCUUGAAGUCCAAGUCGUUGCCGUACCAACAGGACUCGUACUUGUCCCGCCUCCGACUGUUUUUCCACCAAUACCACGAGCUCAUGGUGCUGGCCCCGCCCAUCACCGAGCUCGUGGGCAUCCAAUGAGAACGCGGGGUUUGAUCAGCCGUCCAAUCAGAGCACAGGACCUGGGGCACACCUGUCC